CAGGAUACAGUCCCACAUAGACCGUGUCUCUCACUGAGAUGUCAGUAUCAUCAUGGACAGCACCAGUUGGAAUAUCACAGCGAUAGAUCCCAGUUGAUAUCACCACUUCCACGAAAUACCAAUCUAGUUCCAUCAGGGAAGUACCAGUCUCCACGAUGAGCACCAUCACCACUAGUACAACAUGUGGGCAGGUCAGUGAUACACUGAACACCUUCACCACCAUCAACAAUGUCAGGUCUCCCCACUUGACUGAUGUCGACAUAGGAAUGGUUGGCCAGAGUCUGGCUCAUGAAGGAGACAUAAGGAACAGUCUGAGAGUGGACCUCCACCAGAGACCAGAGGAGACUCAACAGAGACACAAUUCUCAUCAUUGAUCUGUUGCACAUCACUCACACCACCGACUGAGCAACUGAGUUAACGCAGGCUGAUA